AUGACCUGGUUCGGCUUGGGAGCAGUUUUAUUGCUGGUGCCCACGUUCGGUGCGAGACACGUUCGUUCGAGACGCGUGGCUCGAGCUGCCGGACCAGUACUUUUUGGAUCCCCCGGCAGCCGAUCUCCCUUGGUGAAUUGGUACCUCCAUGAGAUUGGUCAGGACUUUGAAAUGGUGGAUGCAGCUCGUGUGGAUCGAUACUCAAUGCAGUAUCCCAGUCCGUUUGGAAAGAUCCCUGCAUUGGCGGAUGGAGAUUUGCAGGUCUUUGAGUCCGGUGCCAUUCUGAUGUUCCUUGCUGACAAAUAUGGUGGCUUAGACACUCCAGAGAAGCGUGCCCUGGCAGCGAAGAUUCAUCAUUUGGGCCCGAAAAAGGAACAGGACCACUUGCUGCUUUGGGAACGUUUGGACCUGCAGGAGGAUGGCAAUGGCAGAGUCCUCGACACUGGCUUACGUGGUGAGCCACAAGCCCUGCAAGUUUUAGACAACUUGUUGGACAAAAGUGAGUUCUUGCUUGGCUCUGGAGAGGCGAUCCCCAGUGCCGCAGCCGUGGCCCUUUGCGGUACCGCCCUGGCGGCGCUCGGCCGGAAGGCAACCCCCCUGACCACAAAGAAGGAAUUGGCCGGGACUCCUGAGAUUUGGUGUCUCGAGGUAGUCCUCACUGCCUUUGAGAACGAGCUUGGUGUCCAGGCACCAGUGGGCUUCUGGGACCCUGCCGGUUUUACCGCGGACGGCAGCGUUGAGGACUUCAAGCGACGAGUCUUCAAGACUCUCCUCCAGAUGUGGUCCGACGCGCUGAACAGGGCCACGAAGCUGACUCAUGGUCUCCUGCAGUCAAAAGCGGGCAUCUGCGUUCCGGUUUUCAAAAAUAAAGGUGACGGCGCCGACCGUAAAAACUACCGUAAUUUGGUCAUGCUUUCUGUCGCUGUCAAGCUUAUCGCGCGCAUUGCCGCCGCUCGUUUGUCCGACUGGGCAGAGCAGUUUAUGGCUGAGGAGCAACAGGGCUUUCGCCGUAACCGCGGCGUUGAUGAUGCAGUAGUCUUGCCUGCCCAAGUUGAACGCGUUGCUGCUGUUGCUGUGCGCGUUGCCAGUGAUGCAGGGGAGGCCCGCGCUGACCUCCAAUUGGUGUUCUUCUUACAAGGCCGCAGUCGCGCCAGAGUGCUGGAGACGAUCGCCAAAUACAAUGACGACAAGCCAGGCGUGCAGGAUGGCGCCAAAGAAAAAGGCGCUCCCCUCAAAUGCCAUAUUUAUGAUUUCCCCACUGAACCCAGCAUCGGCAACCGGGGGAAACUGGCAGUACUGUCAGCAUUCCGCGUCCGCAGUGGCGAGUUGAAAAUGCAGCGCAGCUGCAGGCGCUGUCGCAGCAGAAGCAGGUUACGGAGAGUUUUUGUAUCCGGUCGUCAGCCUGGUGCAAAGCUUCGUAACGCAGACGCGGACGGGGACUUUCUGCUAACCCGGGAUCAGCGGCUCCGUCAGUGGGAAGAGCAUUUUACGACUGUGCUAAACGUAGAAAAGUCUGCGCAUGCCGAGUGGCUGGCUGGUCUCCAGCUCAAACUCCUGCCCAUGCGCCAGUCAUUGGAUGCGACCCCAACCUUAGAGGACAUGCUUGCGGCCAUUUCCCAGUUAAAGGGUGGAAAGCACAUGGACCUGACGGCGUACUGCGAAGACGUUGGGCUUUUGCGCGACCGGGCUGGGAGAGGGACUUCCGAUAUGCUUUUUACGCUACGCGUGGCCAUGGAUGUCGCCCGGAUUAAAUCGCACCCGUUGCGCCUUCUGUUUGUGGAUCUUGCCAAAUCUUAUGACUCCGUCAGUCGGGGACUGGGCCAAGGGUGCUGCGUGGCGCCGACGCUGUUCAAUAUCUUCUUGGCCGCGGUGAGUGGCAACGGGUGCAUGGUUGAUGGUCGUCUGGAUUGGCCCUGCCGCAUAGAUGGCAUCCUGCGUCUUCACCUGGAUCCCGGAUGGUUUGGCCAAGUCAAGUACACGCACCGUUAUUACCCCGAUGGUAGCUGUGAUGCGGAGAUUCGCCGACGCUUGGAACCCGCUCGCAAGGCCUUCUGGAGCUGGGACGCUUGCGUAACCGAGGCUCAGGCGCGUGGCUUGGACACUGUGUCUGAGCGUGAGUUCAAGAAGUUGAAAGACGACGUCCGAGCAAAUGAAAAGAAGGUUAAGAGCUCCAAGACCAGUUGGGCGCCGUGCAAGACCUGGCUCUGGUUAUGGCCCGCGAUACCACCCGGUUGCGCUCGGAACUCCAGCUUGUAUUCUUCGCGGCCGGACAAGUCAAGCAGAGCCUUGUUCUGCAACUUGAGCUACAAUGGCGAAAAGCAGGAGAAUUCGGGCGGCCGAGCAGAUCGCGGGCCGCCGCUCAAGGUCCGGCUCUACAAAGUGCUGGUUCGAUCGUUGGUCUUGGCCUGUGAAAAGUUUCCCGUUGCUGCAGAAGUCGCAAAGACCUCUGAUUUCAUCGGACUAUUGCGUCGGGAGCUUGGGCAACUCGCUUCGCCCGCCAGGGCUGCCACUUGGCUUCACAGCGCUCUUUUCUUGCCGGACGGCGAUGUGGAGGCCUUCAAGCGCCGCCGCGCGACCGAGCUGAAGAACGGCCGUGUGGCAAUGCUGGCUGCCAUGGGCUACAUCACCCCUGAAUACGUCCGCUUUCCAGGAUACUGCUCUCCGACAGCCGGCCUGAAGUUCUCCGAGAUCCCUAACGGUUUGGCUGCCCUGGGCAAGGUGCCUGCUGCUGGAUGGACUCAGAUCUUCCUCUUCUUGGGCCUCAUCGAGAAGGGCCUCUUCACCUAUGACCCCACCCGCGCGCCUGGCGACUACAAGAAUGCAGGCGUUCUGGGCGUGCCCAAUGGCAGCACCAUGGCGCCCGGCGAUGGCCGCACCCGCAAGCUGAACUCAGAGUUGGCCAACGGGCGCUUGGCUAUGAUGGCCAUCAUCGGAAUGUUCUUCCAGGAUGGCCUGACGGGCAGUGCUUGGGGCGACUGGGCCAGCUACACCGAUUCGCCUUUGCGGGCCUUUGAGAAUGAGCUCGGUGUUCAGGCGCCCGUGGGCUACUGGGACCCGAUGGGCAUGUCCAAGGACGGCGACGUGAAGACCUUCCGCCGCCGCCGCGAGGCGGAGCUGAAGAACGGCCGCGUGGCCAUGUUCGCGACCAUGGGAUUCAUCACUCCGGAGUACUUCCGCUUCUCUGGCUACCUCUCGCCUGCGAAGAGCAUCAAGUUCGCCGAUGUGCCCAACGGCUUGGCGGCCCUGGGCAAGGUGCCCCUCACUGGCUGGAUCCAGAUCUUUCUGUUCUGCGGCAUGGUGGACUUCGGGCUCUACAGGGCUGAUGACUCUCGCGACCCUGGUGACUAUGAGAACGCUGGCAUCUUGGGCGUGCCCAACGCCAGCGGGCCCAUGAGCGAUGCUGAGGGCCGAAAGAGGAAUGUUCGGAACCACUGGUCCUGCCAUGUGGGGCUUCUGAGUGAGGUGACCGCCACCGGGCGCGACCCCAUUCUCAGCCCUCCAAGAGGGCCAUGGAGGGUGGUGAACUUAGGUCGCCGUUCCACAGGUCCGAAGACCGUCCCCGAACGAGCGACAGAAAAGAGCACUGCGAGAACAGAGGAUGUCUUCUACUUCCGGGACCGCUUUGGCUGCCACCGCAGGUGCAGCUGCACUUUUGAGCGGCUGCACCUUCGUUGGGGCGCCUGCGACGUCUUCAGCGCCGACCAGCCAUUUGCGAGCCACUUCUGCAGCAACUGUGGCAUCUACAUCUACCAGGGAGGCUGCUCCAAGCAGAACUGCCUCUUUAGCAGUGGCAGGUGUUGCAGUUGCUGCUUUGACGGCUACUGGCAAGAAGGCGCUGUCCGGGAGCAUCAAACCACAGCUGGUGCUCUGGGUGUGGCUGACGGACUGAUGCGCUCCCUCUUCGCAGCAGGCAGUAGGGGGGCUCUGCCUAAGCCCGCUGUUCCUGCAACAAAGCGACACACCUUCGAGAACGAGUUGGGCGUGCAAGCGCCGGUCGGAUUUUGGGACCCCGCUGGCUUUACUGCAGAUGGCAGCGUGGAGAACUUCAAGCGACGUCGCCAGACCGAGUUGAAACAUAGUGGCCCAGUACGGUGCGACCACUUCCGGUUCCAGUUGAAGCGGCCUAUCACUGAAUUGACUGACGUUCGCUGCGCAAAAAAACAAAAAGACAACGCUUGCUGCCCACUUCGGCCAAGUGUCAAGUUUCUGCCUGCACAGCCCUUGAGACUCCAUACAGCUCUCUUUUACCUGCUAGCCGUCUCGGAUCACGUCUUGCGCUCCUCUCGUCUCGUGUCUCGCACCCUGUCGCUAUGGCUUAAUGCGUUGGAAGCCCGACUCGACCAGCUGGAGGGCUAUAUGGGGAGGGUGGAACGCACCGAGGACCGGGUUGACAGGCUGUACCACCAAGGGAAGGUGUUCACCAUGCAUGACCUCGCUGGAGGACGCGUCAUUAGGCUGUGCUCCAUGGCCGACCGGCGCGGGCGGUGUGGAGCUCUGUGGGCACUCAAGGAGGAGAUUUCGGCUGGGAACCUCGUAAGGGUGGAUCCGGAGUACGAAUGGGGUCAGCCGGCAUUGGUUGAGGCUAUGGCACCAACGAGGAUCUCAGUGGCAUGCUGGGGUGCUUUGACAAGCCACUACUACUUCUGGGAUCCCGCUGGCUCCCUGGAACAGCGCUGGGCCGGGGCGCCCAAGGUUUCCCAGGAUCAGUCUCCUGGCACGCCUGCUGCGGCUGGAGACUUUGGAUUCAAGGUCUUGACUUCAUCCGAUCCUGCCGAGAAGACGAAGAAGCUAAGUGCAGAGUUGGCAAAUGGUCGCUUGGCAAUGAUGGCGAUCAUCGGCAUGUUCUUUCAGGAUGGGUUCACUGGCAGUGCGUGGGGUGAUUGGGCCAACUACACAGCCUCCCCUUUGCGUGCGGAACCCGCAAGUGCAGCGGCAACGGCUGCCGCUGCAGCCAAAGCGGCCGCAGCAGCCAAGGGAGCUACUGCUGGUGUGGGAUCCUUGGCUCAAGGCAAAGGAAGUAUUAGUUUCGAUCCAUCCACCCAUGGAACCACUGGGUUCUUUGACCCAGCUGGCUUUUGCAAGAAGGGCGAUGAAGCGGGUUUCCGCAACCUGCGAGCCGCCGAGAUCAAGCAUGGCCGGGCUGCGAUGAUGGCUGCGCUCGGGGCAGUAGUGCAACACUACGUGAAGUUCCCGGGCUUCGGCGGCUAA